AUGCUUACCUCUUUAUUUAUCGUAUCGUGCGCUUUGAGCCUUGUUUGUUAUGUUGAAGCAGAUACUGCUUCUUUGCGACUCAAGUUCUCCGAGUUGGGAAUCGACGCUGUGUUUCCAGGAGACUCAUAUUAUGAAGAAUUUGCCAUACCUUACAACUUACGCUUCACUUAUCUCCCAGCUGGUAUUGUCUUCCCUAAUAGCACUCAAGCUGUUGCGGAUUCUAUUAAAGUAGCUGUGGAAGAAAACCUUCCAGUCUCACCUCGCUCAGGUGGACAUUCAUUUGCCGCCUUUGGUUUGGGAGGAGAUCACGGUGUCUUAGUCGUCGAUGUAACGCUACUCAACACAAUCUCCGUCGAUCAGUCAACAGGACAAGCUGUUAUUGGAACCGGAAAUAGACUGGGUGAUGUGGCUAUUGGAAUCUAUUCUCAAGGUCGCCGCGCACUUCCUCAUGGAUCGUGCCCGUACGUCGGUAUUGGAGGUCACGCAGCAUUUGGGGGCUUCGGUUGGGCAAGUCGAAUGUGGGGUAUGACCUUGGAUAACAUCAUUGGUCACGAAGUAGUACUAGCAAAUGGUACGAUUGUUCAUGCAUCGAAAGAUAACAAUCCAGACCUCUUUUGGGCUUUGAGAGGUGCAGGCGCCUCGUUCGGCAUAAUGACAUCGAUCAAAUUCCAAACGCAUCCAGCUCCGAAUGAGCUUCUCAACUUCGCCUUUCGGUGGGACUUCACUGAAGACGAUUCUGCAAACGCGCUCAUCGAGUUUCAAGCCUUUUGUCAAUCUAACCUCCCCUCAGAGCUCGGAAUGGGAGUCAAUUUUCAACGAGGAAGCCAACCCGGACGUUUGAAGUUUGGUUUUGUUGGUGCUUGGUUUGGUGAUAGCAAAAAGUUUCCAACGGUGAUUCAAAAAUGGUUAGACGUCAUGCCAACACCAACAACAACGUUGAUAGAGAAAAGAGAUUGGCUUACCGAUGUGCAAGGUAUGGCCAGGGUAACAAGUCAAGAAGCGCUUUUGAGCUCGAAUAUAGACGUCACGGAUCAAUAUGAUACCUUCUACGCAAAGUCUUUGACAACUUCAGAUUCCACACCCAUUUCGAAUGCAUCCAUUCGAGCUUUUUCAAAACACCUCGCGUCAGAAGGUUGGAUAUCAGAUACGCGCUGGAUCGCUCGAUUUGAACUUUGGGGUGGUCAGAAUUCUGCUAUAACUUCCGUUGCCAAGGAUGCAACAGCUUUCGCUCAAAGAUCAAUCCUAUUGAGCAUGCAUUUCUACGCCUCAUCCAAAGAUUAUCUGCCACCAUUUCCCGACGAAGGAUUUAGCUUCAUAGAUGAGAUGGUUUCGGCCCUCGUAGGAAACGGACGGGCAUACGGCGCUUAUGCCAACUUGGAUGAUGAUCGAUUGGCUUCCACUGAAUGGCAGGAUCUCUAUUUUAAUGACAAUUAUCAACGUUUGUCACAAAUCAAGUCUGUUUAUGACCCUCAAAACGUGUUUUCAUAUCCUCAAAGUAUCAAAGGGGCAAACUCAGAUUGGAGGAGCGAAGAAUUAUAG